GGCAUAGGUGAAGGCUGCUACAUAGACGGCAACUUGUCCAACGCAUGCUUCAACGGUCCGUCAGGGGUCGCCAUCCUCCAGCUGGGCUCGGACACCCUUGUGCUGGUCUCGGAGGUGGGAAAUCACGUGGUAAGGUACAUCAACGUCAUCUCGUUGCAAGUCGGAACUCUCGCCGGUAGCGGUUACGUCGGUUUCGCUGACGGCGAGGCUCGUGCUGCCAUGUUCAACCACCCGAUCGCUCUCGCCACGUCACCGGACAACUCAAUCGUGCUCAUCGCCGACGGUUUCAACCAUCGCGUCCGCAGUUUCAACGUCUCCAACAUGUCCAUCUCAACCUUGGCAGGCGACGGAGGCGCUGGGUUCCAAGACGGCAUCGGCACUGACGCCAAGUUCAACUUUCCGAGUGCCCUGAGCUUCUUCGGGGAUGGUACCAAGGUUGCAGUGACCGAUAUGUAUAACAACAAGAUCCGGAUCAUCACUCUUGAUAGCAAGCUAGUCACGACCCUCCCCAUCGUCAGUAGCAGCGGAUACUCUCCUGAUUUCGUUUAUCCGGCAGGCAUCUCGAUAAGAGCAGGCAAUGCGCUACUUCUUGUUUCUCCUCUUCACAAC